AUGAGGUCAUCUUCCUCUCAAACAACAGAUUGGUUCUCGAGUUGGUCUUUGGCAUCCUUGAACUCCUAUACAACAACAUCACUGGGAUCUCGACCACUAAAUAUGCCAGCAACGAUCCAAGUCCAAUGUACCAUCCAUAUUGGAAACCCCAUUCGUAGCUUAUAUACUAUGUGUGCCAGUCAGUCAGUGAAUCAAUCGAUCAAUCAAACGAUCAAUCAGUUGGAUAAUAAUACUCACUCUUUGAUCAGAGUAACUUCCAGUCAAUGUCUGGCAAUGUCUGACGUAUUCACCUUGCUCAUCGAUGCAGGAAUGGUAUGGAUUGGACCUGAACGCCUUGGUGAGGUUGCAUAUGGUGACGACCGACACGAAUACAAACAG